AUGGCGGGAGUGCCUCAGUUUGCGUCCUUGUACGUGGGUGACCUGCACCCUGAUGUGACCGAGGCAAUGCUUUACGAGAUCUUCAACUCGGUUGGGCCAGUGGCGUCCAUCCGCGUUUGCCGUGACAGCGUCUCCCGGAAGUCUCUUGGUUAUGGUUAUGUCAACUUCCACAGCGUUUCUGAUGCUGAACGUGCUCUGGACACGUUGAACUACUCAAGCAUCAAGGGCCGCGCCUGCCGCAUCAUGUGGUCCCAGCGCGACCCUAGCCUUCGCAAAAGUGGCCUUGGCAAUGUUUUUGUCCGCAACCUGGACCGGAACAUCGACAACAAGGCUUUGUACGAUACCUUCAGCCUCUUCGGUAACAUCCUCUCCUGCAAGGUUUGCACUGGGCCAGAUGGGAAGUCCCGCGGAUACGGUUUUGUGCACUACGAGACCGAAGAUGCCGCCAAACAGGCCAUUGAACGAGUCGACGGUAUGCAAAUCGGAGAGAAGACGGUCGGGGUGUCUGGCUUCGUCAAGCGUCAAGAUCGUGAGAAGCCAGCAAUGAACACCUUCACCAAUAUCUACAUCAAAAACUUCCCUGAUGACUGGGACGAGGACAAGCUUAAGACCGAGUUCGCACCUCACGGAGCCAUCACCUCGUCUCAUGUGUCCACCGACCCGAAGGGAAGGAAGUCUGCAUUCCUCAACUACGAGACUCACGAGCAAGCCGUUCAGGCGAUUACUUCUAUGCACCAGAAGGAUUGUCGCACUGAUGAGCAGAAGGAAGCCGACAAGGAAAAGGAAGAGGAAGAGAAGGAUCGCACAGAAAAGAGCUAUUUGCUGUAUGUUGCCCGCGCGCAAUCCAAGUACGAGCGCCAAAUGGAGCUGAAGGAGAAGAUGCCGCCAAGGGAUCCGGCAGCUGGACCGUCGCGUUCGCAGGGCGUCAACCUGUACGUCAAAAACUUGGAUGAGGCCGCAGACGACGACUCCUUGAAGGAUCUUUUCGAACCCUUCGGCAACAUCACAUCCGUCGUUGCCAUGAAGGAGGCCACUGGCAAGUGCAAGGGCUUUGGCUUUGUCUGCUUCUCUAGUCCGGACGAAGCCACCAAAGCUGUAACCGAGAUGCACCUCAAGGUCGUGAAGGGGAAGCCUCUGUACGUGGGCCUGGCAGAAAAGCGUGACGUCCGGGCCGAGCGCCUGCGUCAGCGCUAUUCCCCUGGCGGCAUGGGCAAGGGCAUGGGAGGAAAAGGAAAGGGUGGAAAGGGCGGCAUGGGCAUGGGCGGCAUGGGUAUGGGUGGCAACCAGAUGUACGGAAACCCGAUGGGCGGCAUGGGUGGCCCCAUGGGAGGUCCGCCAAUGAUGGGCAUGGGUGGCAUGGGCAAAGGCAACAUGAUGGGCCAGGGCGGACCGAAUCCUGGAAUGAUGGGCCAGAAGGGCAAGGGCAUGCCCAACAUGCCAAUGAACCCGCAGAUGAUGGGAAUGGGUGCCAUGGGCAAGGGCAUGCCUGGUGCAAUGGGAAUGCCCGGAGCCAUGGGCAAAGGAGGUAUGCCGAUGCCAAUGGGGCCCAUGGGCCCAAUGGGCCCAAUGGGAAUGAUGCGACCCGCCAUGCCUCAAAUGCCGAUGAUGCGCCCAGGCAUGCCUGCCCCGAUGCCUCAGCCGCAGCAGACGCCGGCCCAGGCUGCCAACCCAGGAUCUGGGCAGCAGCUGACAGCUGCAGCCCUCGCCGCUGCUGCACCACCGGUGCAGAAGCAGCUGAUUGGGGAGCGGCUGUUCCCGGCAAUCUCCAAGCACCAACCGGAGCUGGCAGGCAAGAUCACAGGCAUGAUGCUCGAGAUGGACAACUCCGAGCUGUUGAUCCUGUUGGACAGCGAGCCCCAGCUCAAAGCCAAGGUGGAUGAAGCAAUGCGGGUGCUCGAGCAAGUCAAGUAG